AUGGAUGAUGACGUUUUAAUUAGCCGGUCGGGACCAAAAUCAACAGGCGCCUGCCACAACCUCCCGUCAGCCGCUAGCCAGGCAGCCACUUCGGCCGGCCUGAGUCCAGUUGGCCCAGGGUUUCUUCCGUGCAACCGUCCUCGUCGCUCCUGCCUGCUUACAACUCGCUCACCUGACUCGCCCGGUUGUUCCCGCGCACUCUACCAUAACAACACGCUGCUACCUGCACUUCAACUUCCCUUUUCCAUCACCCUCAUCGCAUCCACAGUUACAACCACAAUCAUCAUCAUCACCACCAUCAUCAAAACCUUUGCUACGUUUCUCAUGCAACUCCCAUCCCUACCGCUAACCAUGGAAUCCACUCUCGUGGCCAUUGUGACGACUGCAGGUAACAUCCUGCCCUACCACCUCUUCGCCUACGGGGCGUUGCUGGGUACCGAACUGUUCCAAACAUUCAUCAACACAAAGCUCUGCUACAAGCACCUCCCCAUGCGUGAGUUCAUCGCCCUCCAGAAGCGCGUUUUUCCCGUCUACUUCGGAACCCAGGUCGGUCUGGCUGCACUGACGGCUUCCACGGUCCCGCCGUUCGGCAUCAUCUCAUGCUUCCAUGACAAGUGGACUGCGAUCCCUCUGACCGUGGUCAUUGCUACCGGCGCCCUGAACUGGGCUGUGUAUGGCCCUCGUACUACGACGGCCUCGCUGGUGCGCCGUGCUGUUCAUGAUUCGGCCGGCAAGAAGAAGAAUGACGAUGGCGUUGAUGCAGAUGAUCAGGCCAAGAUCCACCGUGCCAACCGCGGUUUCUCCUUCAACCACGCCAUGUCCAUCCACAUCAACGCCAUCUCUCUGGUGGCCACUAUCUGGUAUGGUUUCUCGCUGUCGUCCCGCCUUCUGUCAGGACUUUGA